GUGCGCAGAGCUAUCAUCACCCGCGACCACGACCGCUUGCCAGCAGCGACCAUGAAGGACGUCUUCGGAAUCACCACUCUUCGCAACAAGACGAUUGAGAACCAGAAGCUCUUCCAGAGCCAGAAGGGCCCGAUCUACUGGCGUGGGCCGCGCGGGGCGCUCUACAUGCGCACCUACUACAGCCUCUUCGCUCUCGGCAUGACCGCGUCCGUGGUCGGCGUCUACAACCUCGUCUUCGGCUCACCGGAGACCCUCAUGUAAAGAGCGUAGACUCAAUCUAUAAUUUGAAUCAAGCGCCUGUCAUUGACUGACUCCUUGCGUCUGUGUCCUUUGUCGGAAUCAUUCAA